AACAUUACAAUUUGGGGAAAAAAAAAAGAAAAAAAAAAAGAUAGCAAUGGAGCUUGAAUUGGGACUCAAGAUCACCCAUAACAGGGAUGAUUUGACUUCCAAAAUGGCUGAUUUCAGGAUCACAAAAGAAUCCUCUGGCCCUCUUUUCAUGUCUACAGAAACUGACUCCAAGUUCAUCCUCAUUGGCCAUCUCAAAGGUUUCAGAAGGGAGAACAUUGACAUUGAGAUAAAUGAAGCCGGGAAUCGAAUUGCAAUUGGUGGGAAGAAGCCUGUUCAGGAGAUGGUGUUGCUGGGUUGGAUUAUGGUCAGGAAAGAGGUGGAGGUAAAGGCUUUCAGGAAAGUUUUUCGGAUUCCGGAAAGGGUGAAAUUAGAUAAAAUUAAGGCCAAGCUUAAUGAUGAAACAUCAACCUUGACAAUUGUUAUGCCGAAAUUGGACAAGGGAAUUUGUGGGGUUGGGAUUGAGGAAGUGAAGGAAGAGGAGGAAGAGGAGGAAGAUAGAGGGAGAACUGAAGCUGAGGAAGUUCCCGGAAUUGAGAAAGCAAAAGAGGAAAUUCAGAAAGAGUCUGAAAAGCCAAUAGAAAAGGAAGAAACUGACCAGGUUGUGGAAAGAGAGGUUCCUGAAACUAUAGAGCAAAAGAAUGAAAGCUUGGAGGAUUCUGGUCAGGUUUUGGAAAAAGCAAGUGAUCAGGGACAACCUGCAGCAACAAAAGCUGAAGAGUUUCCGGGAGGAGACUAUGCUGGGGAGGCUGUAAAGGAAACACCUGAAGAACUCACGGAAGAAAUUGCUUCGGAAGAGCAAAAGGUUGACGGAGAUGAGUCCAGGACAUUUUCAAAUGAAGCUGAAAAGGUUCCUGAAAGAGUCAAAGAGCCUGAAGUUAAAAGCUUGGAAGAAAAUGAUCAGGUUGUGGAGCAAUCACCUGGAGGCCCAGAAAUUGAGCCUCAGGCCAGUACUGAAAUGAAUCAAGCAACUGGGUCUGUGGAACCUCAUGAAGCAGCCGAGAAAGAGAGUGAUCGCCCACAGAAAACAGAAUCACCACCAACCGAAGAAACUCAGAGAGAAAAUCAUCCUGAAGAAAGAGCACAGGUGCAAGAAUUGGAAGAACAAGUUCCUAGUCCGGAGAACAUUGAAUCUAAAAUCCCUGGAGAUGAUCAAAUGACUGCGCCAACUGAACCUCCAAGUUCACCAUCAAAUGAGAUUGAAGAGGAAGAAACUACAAAAGAAAAGCAUCAACUGCAAAAUGAAAAGCCCGGAGAAUCACCGAGGCAGGAACCUGGAGAAGAAGUUCAAGAAUCAACAAAACCUGAAUCCCAUCAGGAACCUGAGCAGCAAGAAACAUCAAAUCUGAAUAACUUGGCAGAUCAAACUAGUGAAGAAACUCAAGGGAAAGAAAUUAAAGAAAAAGAAACUAGAGAAGAAAUAUCUAAAGAAAAAGUUGAGGAACAUGAAUCUCUGGAAUUGGAGAAGCAAAACGAUCUGAGUGAGGAAGCAUCCCAAAUGAAGAAGCAUGUUGAAAAAAUGUCCAAGAUGUGUCCUCCUCUUGUUGUUGCAGGAUCAGCCUUACUUGUAUCUAUUUUAGUGCUUGUUUUCCAUUUCAUUAGAGCUAAGAAAACAUAAACCAAAUUACAUCCCAAAUGGGAUUGUAUCAAUCACGCAUAUUUUUUAUACAAAUUGUGACAUUAUUUAUUUAUAGUUAAAUCAAUACAAUUAUUUGCUUUUUUCUGAUAUGACAAUACCAAAGAUCAUUUCUCAAAUAAGAUGCUGCAAUUUUUCCUUAUCAAAACUAGCAUAUUGUAUAAAAUUUUUGUAACAUUUUGAUUGAAGAACUUAAACACGCUCAAUCUUUACGCUAAGUUGUCACUGCAGUUAAGGAGUUAAUACCAUAAAAAGUUGCAGAGUUUCAUUAAUCAC